AUGGGGAAAGAGAUGCAGAGAGUACUGGAGUUCUACAAUGGAAUUGGCGGCAUAAGAUACUCGCUGAUGAAAGCUCAAGUAGAAGCGCAAGUGAUCGAAGCAUUUGAAAUCAAUAACAUUGCAAAUGAUGUUUACCAACAUAACUUUUCUCAUCGUCCUUAUCAGGGAAAUAUUCAAAGCCUAACUGCUGCUGAUCUAGACAAAUAUGGUGCCCACGCAUCGCUCCUUUCUCCUCCCUGUCAACCUUACACACGACAAGGUCUCCAGAAGGACACUGGGGAUGCACGGGCGUUUUCUUUUCUUCAGAUUCUUGAGCUCAUCCCAUUCCUAUUGUGGCCUCCAAGUAUGUUGUUUGUGGAAAAUGUUUUCGGGUUUGAGACAUCUGAUACACAUGCAAAACUGAUUGAAAUAAUGGAGAAAACAAAUUUUAUUACACAAGAGUUCAUUCUCAGCCCUUUACAGUUUGGAGUUCCAUAUUCUAGGCCUUGUUACUUUUGUCUGGCUAAGAGAAAACCGUCAUCUUUUGGAAAUGAGUUUUUGAGCCGCCAGCUGAUUCACAAUGAUACAAAUGUUGAACCUGAGGCUUCAGCGACCGGUGUUUCCAAUGACAUUUAUAGAACUUCAGGGGAAGAUAAUGAAGAUGAAUACGACUCUUUAGACAAGUAUUACAUUCACCCAAGCUUGUCAGAGAAGUGGGGAAGUGCUAUGGAUGUUAUCUAUCCUAAUUCAAAGCGCUGCUGCUAUUUUACGAAAAGUUACUACAGAUAUGUGAAGGGAACUGGCUCCCUUUUGGCUACUGUUCAGCCAAUGAAGAGGGACAAAACACCCUAUGAAAGCGAUUUUUCAAGAAAAACACUGCCUUAG